GAGUUGGGGAUGUCAACCGCAGGACAAACUUGGCCCAAGGGGGUAGUGAGUAGGAUGCGGAUUGAGCUUCAGCUGUUGGAGGUCUGGGACUAGGAUCCUUCACUGAAACAAAACCGGAAGGAAAAGAAGACUGAGGUUGACUUUUUAACUGAACUCCAAAAUUCUCCAAGCAACAGAAUGGGCCAAACGUGUACCAGGCUCGCUUCCGGCGUCAUGGCUCAAAGGGCCUUCCCGAAUCCUUAUGCUGAUUAUAACAAAUCCCUGGCCGAAUGCUACUUUGAUGCUACCGGGAGGCUGACUCCUGAGUUCUCACAACGCUUGACCAACAAGAUUCGGGAACUUCUUCACCAAAUGGAAAGAGGCUUAAAGUCCGCAGACCCUCGAGAUGGCACUGCUUACACUGGCUGGGCAGGUAUUGCUGUGCUUUACUUACAUCUCUAUGAUGUAUUUGGGGACCCUGCCUACCUACAGAUGGCACAUGGCUACGUAAAGCAAAGUCUGAACUGUUUGACCAAACGUUCCAUCACUUUUCUUUGUGGGGAUGCAGGCCCCCUGGCGGUGGCUGCUGUGCUGUAUGACAAGAUAAACAACGAGAAGCAGGCAGAAGAUUGCAUUACACGACUAAUUCACCUAAAUAAGAUUGAUCCCCAUGCCCCAAAUGAAAUGCUUUAUGGACGAAUGGGCUACAUCUCUGCUCUUCUUUUUGUCAAUAAGAACUUUGGAGUGGAAAAGAUUCCUCAAAGCCACAUCCAGCAGAUUUGUGAAACAGUUUUAACCUCUGGAGAAAACUUAGCUAGAAAGAGAAACUUCACAGCAAAGACUCCACUGAUGUAUGAAUGGUACCAGGAAUAUUAUGUGGGGGCUGCUCAUGGCCUGGCAGGAAUUUAUUACUACCUGAUGCAGCCCAGCCUUCAAGUGAGCCAAGUGAAGUUACAUAAUUUGGUCAAGCCCAGUGUAGACUACGUCUGCCAGCUGAAAUUCCCUUCUGGCAAUUAUCCUCCUUGUGUGGAUGAUAAUCGAGACCUGCUUGUCCAUUGGUGUCAUGGUGCCCCAGGAGUAAUCUACAUGCUCACUCAGGCCUAUAAGGUGUUCAAAGAGGAAAAAUAUCUCUCGGAUGCCUAUCAGUGUGCUGAUGUGAUCUGGCAGUACGGGCUGCUGAAGAAGGGAUACGGGCUGUGCCACGGCGCUGCGGGGAACGCCUAUGCCUUCCUGAACCUCUACAACCUCACGCAGGACAUGAAGUACCUGUAUAGGGCCUGUAAGUUUGCUGAAUGGUGCUUAGAGUAUGGAGAACACGGAUGCAGAACACCUGAUACCCCCUUCUCCCUCUUUGAAGGAAUGGCUGGAACAAUAUAUUUCCUGGCUGACCUGCUGGUCCCAGCAAAAGCCAGAUUCCCUGCAUUUGAACUCUAAAAGGAAAGCAUGUCCCCUGCAACUCACUGCAUGACCCUUUCUGUAUACUCAAACCUGGGCUAAAUGCUUUUGUUGCUUUUCAAGGAAACAGAGUCAAACUGUGUACUUGCUUUAAUUAAUACGUUUUUCAGAAUUUGUCUUUAGUUCAGUUUCUUUUCUUUAUCAUUGACUUUUACUUAAAAGUAUCCAAGGAAGUCUUUUAACUUCAAUUUCUUUCUACCCACCGGUAAUAUAUACAGUAUUUUGAAGUCAUAUGUGUAUAUUUUAGAACUUUGAAGAAAUCUUACUUAAGUUUAUAACUAUCUGUUACUGUUCUAAAAAUAUUUAAAAGAAACUAUAGAUAAAGGAAGAUAAAUAUGACUAUUAUUGAAAAUUUUUCUCCACCUCUUCUCUUUAAUAUUUUUCCUCCAACAGGAGGGCAGAUAGUUUUACAAUUUGCUUUUCUCUGGUUGAUUUUGAAAGGGGACAAAAAUAUAACUGUAUGCUUCCAUGGGAAAAAUUCCAAGAGUUGCAAACUGGACUUGGGACCUAAAUACCAUUUUUUUAAUUCAUGAAGCUAUGUGGACCAGAGGUAAUCGUAUUUUCAAAUAUGCCUAUUUUCAUCUGUAAGGCAUCUAAGCUUCCUAAGCCAACAUUAUAAUCAAAAACUUCUAAAACAUGGUGGUUGUGAAAAUUUUUAUUUGAAGGUUACUUCAAGAUAAGCUAACAAUAACAGUUUAUUGUGUUCUCUAAAAUAAUCUAGUGUAUUUUGGAACUAUUUAUUUAAAUGUGUUUUUCUGUAUUCACAAAAUAACAGGAAGCUAAUUUUCUGUGUGUGGAUAUGCUCUGAGUUAGGAUUCCAGUCCACUCUGACUGACCUUGUAAACUUCAGCUUGUGUUUUACUUAACUUUGUAGUGACUAUGCUUUAGAGCUGGCUAUUUGGUAUAAGCCAUUUUCCAAACGUAUUUUCCUUCCUAUCAGUUUUUCUGAACAUUGAUCUUUUCACUAAAUAGUACAGCAUUCUAUUUCUGUUUAAAAAAGGGAACAGGAAGGGGAAUGCCAUAUAACCAAUAACUUGAACAAGAACACGAAGCUUUUGAUAGAAAUGCUGUUUACUUAGGAGGUAUUAUCCAGAAUUCAUGCUGAGAACAAAUGGAUGUCUGCAUAUCCUAGGCUUAACAAUUCCUUGAUUUCUGAGACCACAGAAUCAGGUUUUAUAUGAUAGAUGAAGACUCCCUGGUGCUUCACAUUCUGUACAAAUGUUUUGACUCAUCAGCUCCUACUCCUACUCCUUCCAUUGCUGCCCUCCCCACUCCUGUUUUGUCUCUUUUUGACUAAUGAAAAAUUUUAGCUUCAAAAUAACAGGGUCUAAGAAUUUUUAAUGUGCCUAUUUCACAGCUCUCUUGAUCACAAAAAAUAUACUAUUUUUAUUAGAACUUUGAACCAAAUUUCCACUGAGUGUGUGCUGUUUCCUGCAGGUAGCAGUCCUCUAGUAUUUUCUAUUUAGCACCAAAAUAGCUAAUAUUACUGGAAAUCAUCAGACCCUUUAAAGGCCACUGACAGUAGGCUCUAAAAAGCAACCCACUGCUCAAUUCCUAGGAUUAGCUAUCUCCUUCUGUGAUUGUGUAAGUAGUGGACGACAUUGUGCCUCUCGUAUUCCUGUAGUGCUUCCAGUAAGCCGCGUGCAAGCUCUGCCUUUCUUUUUUUGCAACUAAACACUAAAUCUUUAUUGAAUUUUUAUUAUAAUAGCAAUAUAAUAUUAGUAAAUAGAAAUACAGAGUAAAGAGAAUACAGCAAUAUAGUUUGAAGAAGGGGUGGGGUAGGGAGUUGCAGGGGUAAGGAGAGGAGGCGGGCAGCGGUAGCGGGGGGUGGUUCUGGCAGGGAUGUUUAUUCAUCACUUUCCUAAAACUUCCAUGAAUAUUUACCAUCCAUGAUGAUCAAUUACAUUCCAGAUGCCUAUCCAUCAAUCUAGGGCCUCUAUUAAAUUAUUAAUCCAAUACCUUUGAACUUUCUCCCACUAGGGUUUUAUCCAUGUCCAAUUCACUCUAAAUAGGUUGAUCUCCCUGCAGUUCUCCCUGAGUUUAUUUGGAGUCUUUAAGGGAAGCAGUUACAGGAUAAAAGGUCAUAAGUAAGUACACAUGUCCACUUAUAGAGAUAGCUAAUACAUAAUAUCAUUCUAACUUUCUAAAUAACCCACCCACUUAAGAUUAAUAUGUCCCUCCCACCCAAAAGUAUUUAUGAUUACAUAUAUCCCCUAUUACUUAAAAUGAUUACACAAAGAAAUAAAAACAAUGCAAUUUUCCACAGACCAAUUCAACAGCAUUCUACAAUCUGAAGCAACAAAGAACUUUCAGUCCCAUCAGAUAAGUGUUCUCUCUUUAGAUGAAAAUGUAGCAUGAUUCCCCUGGGCUCUUCAUUUCUGCAGGUGGUCCUUCAUUUCACCCAGGUCUUUUUCCAGCAGAGUAUUCUCCGUUGUCAAUCUUGCAACUGUAUGUGAUAUGAGAUGUCUGUGGUGGAUAACAGCUGGAUCAAUUCAGGAGUCCAAGAGGUACCUGCAAACUCAAACAUAAUUCCAAACUGCACCCUAUAGGUGUGCCCCUCUUAUUUUGUGCACCUGUAAGUUAACUGUAAUACUUCACAUGAUUUAAUCAAACUAAUUCUCCUUUUUCCAGCAUCUAAGACAAAUACCUCAUUGUUCAUACUAAAUUGACCCUUCAGAAAUAAAUGUAUGUGAACUUUCUGUUUCAGUAUCCUAGCAUAAUGACUUUAGCCAGUUCUCUCCAGGCUUGUCUAACAAUAGGAGCUCUUAGAUCUUCAUCUUCCUUAAUUAACAAUGCAAAUUUUGGCCAAAAUCAAUUAAGUAAUCUUGUCAGUUUGUUUCAAGCUCCCUUUCUAACUCUUCAGACAUCAAAUUCCCUUGCUUUUUCCUUUCUUAUGAAUCAAUAUGGAAAAUGCCAAAAAAUUUUAAAGGAUUCAGUUAACAAAAGUUUGAUCAACAGCAUUGAAAUAAAUCAAUUAAAGUGAAAGGAAACUUAGCCAAAGGAAACUCUGCCUUUCUUGUGAAAGUUUCCGAUCAGCGAUGUCAGCAUUUACAGUAGGAAGCAAAAGUAGUGCACAGCAAAGCUCAUUUGCCUUUGGCUGGGUGUCCAACUUAAAAGAAUGAAGCUCAUUUGGUUUAGUUAAAUGUCUUACGAUACUGUGCCUGUUCUUUUAGCUACUAUAGUUACUAGCUGAGGGGGAAAAAACAAAACACACUCUGAGCCAGAGGAGACUUCAUCACAGUGUUCCACUAAGCAUCUUGAUUAGUUUAACCCCAGGAAGACUUCAAGUCAGGGAGAAGAACAUUUCGAAUAAGAUUCAUGUUAAUGUUUGGAUUGCAGUUUAGCUGCUAUCAUCCCUUAACAAAUUCAUCAACACAAACAUAAUUCAAAGGUUUUUUGUGUUUUUGUGUGUUUACCUUUUUAAGAUUUAUUAAACUAUCCACUCCCACUAUUUCACUUGACCAGGAAAAAAAAAAUAUAUUAAACUGGAAAGAUUUCAUAUUUGUGUCAUUGUUUGUUUUAUUUAUGCUUAAGAGCUAAAAAAGUUUUGAUAGGAUUUUAAACUCAGGCAAAGCUACAAUGCUGAGACCAGUCCCCCAACUGGGGACUGAAAGCACCUUUUGCACUAGCUGUCUUAGUUUUGAAAGGAAGCGGCAGCCCUAUUUCAGUUCUAUCUCUAUUACAUUUUUCCCUUAGAUAUUUUUCUGCCUAGUAAAAACCCUUCCCCAAAAGUGGCUUCCUAGAAAACUCAAUAGGAUCUCUGAUCUCCAUGCACAGAUGAGGUCAUAAAACCUUCAGAGGUUGUCAAGCAGUGUUCAUUUAUCCCGUCAUAUGUUUCUGUUUGUGUAGUUCUGAGAAAUUGCAAGUAAUUAACUUCAACAUGUAAAAAGUGUUAACAUUAUCAUGACCAUUUCCAUAGAUCCCACUGGCAUUGGUCUCAUCUGAGUUGUUAGUCUUUAAUCCUCAGAGUCAUAGGCUCCCUUUUCAUCUUUGAUGUCAGUUCCAAUUAUUUGGCAUCAAAUGCCUUCACAGUAGAUAGAGUUUUAGGUAAAAGUGGAUUAAGGCCAUUUUCUCUCCUUAACACUUCCCUAAAUAACUGAAUUAAGGGGAAUAUUCUGCUUCUAUGUCCUCAGGUUAAUUUGUGCAUGAUCCUUAUGAUGAUGCCCUGCCUUGUACUAGCGUAUUUUGAAAUAUAAAAUGUGAAGAGAAUAUUGACUCCUGUACUCCUUUGGUUACUAGAAUUCAUUUGUAGUCCUUUAUCACUCAUACUGAAUUCUCAUUCCAUUUCUGCUUCCCUUAAAUAAGUCAGAGCUCCCAUUUCUGUAUUUUCUGUACUAUUGAGCCAUAGAAGAACUGGUUCGCUCUUAGAGAUAUAAAACAAAGUGUAUAGAAUAUUCAGAGAACCCACCCCAAUGUUAUAUUGUCUUUUAAUGGAAGGGCUGGGAUCAUAGGUAUUUCUGUGUUCUAUAAACGAUGUGGCUUGCUGGUUCUCAAUAAAAUUUUAUUAAGACUGUA